AUGGAUAUAAUUACCAUUUCAAAUGAUCCAUCUGUCAAUGAAGCAUCACCACUAUUAAUCCAUCCACAUUCCAGAGUAAAUGAACAAACUACGUCAGAUCUACUAUCUCAGACUGGAUCAUAUUAUCGUCAUUACCGACAUUCUAUCAGUUGGGAAUUUAAUCGAUGGGGAAAAGUUAGACGAGUCUCUCUCACACCGAACAUUCCGACGCAUGAAGCAAUUCCGGUAUCUUCUUCAUCAACAACAGCAGCACAAAAAUUUUUAUCCUUUCUUUAUUGUCGACAAAAUAACAGGAGUAAUGAACACAAGCUUUUAGGUGAAUGGCACAGUACAGCGAUAGCAGGCAAUGAUAUUACAUCAUCUUGUUUAUAUACAGCGGGGAUAUGCGCACAGAAAGCCGGCAAAUAUUCACCAAUCUCGCUUGCAAUUGUUGCUUUCGUUCUCUAUCUUUUUCGAAAUAUUUAUGCAGAGGUUGGUACGGCUUUACCGUUAAACGGUGGUGCCUAUAAUGUUUUACUAAAUUGUACAACAAAAUUAAUUGCAUCGAUUGCCGCCUGUCUCACUUUAGUGUCAUAUAUCGCCACAGCCGUUGUGUCGGGUAGUAGUGCGAUUGCCUACGGAGAAAACUUAUGGGCGGGAUUGAAUCCAGACUGGGCUGUUAUUGUACUACUUGGUUUCUUUGCACUACUAACAUUGAUGGGAUUAAAAGAAUCCGCGAAUGUUGCUCUCUUUAUUUUCAUUAUUCAUAUCGGAACGAUGACAUUAUUAGUUAUUAUGUGUAUCGUUAAAAUUGUAGCAAUGGGCAAUUUUGAUCGAUUGCGAGAAAACUGGAAUCAACAUCAGAGUGGUAACGUGCCAGCCGAUAUAUAUUUUGGUUUUUCUUUGGCACUCUUAGGUGUCUCGGGAUUUGAGACAUCUGCUAAUUAUAUCGAAGAACAAAAACCCGGCGUGUUUCCAAAAACUUUAAGAAACAUGUGGUUAUUUGUAUCAUUUUUUAAUCCCAUUAUUUCGUUUUUAGCAUUAUUUGUCAUGAAACUUGAGGAAAUUGAAGGACAUCGAGAUGAUUUAUUAGCAGCUUUGGCAACAGCAAGUUCCGGAGAUUGGUUAAAUAAAUUUGUCGCAGCUGAUGCAUUACUUGUGCUCUCGGGAGCAGUUCUGACGUCCUACGUGGGAAUCAUUGGUCUUAUAAGACGUAUGAGUUUAGAUCGGUGUUUACCAAUGUUUUUCGCACAAGAGAACCCUUGUCGGAAAACAAACCAUUUUAUUAUACUAGGAUUUUUUGGUGUCACAUCGUUAUUACACUUCAUCGUUCGAGGGAACAUUGAUUCAUUAGCAGGUGUCUAUACAAUCGCUUUUCUCAGUGUUAUGUGUUUAUUUGCAAUCGGCAAUAUGAUAUUAAAAUAUAAACGAGGAGCACUUCGUCGAACCGUAGUAGCGAGUUGGCCUCGUGUUCUCCUUGGACUUGCUACUGUUUUUGCUGGGCUAGCCGGAGAAAUUUUUCUUCAUCUUGAUCAUGUAAAAUAUUUUUUACUUUAUUUUGGUACUACUUUUCUCGUCGUGAUGAUUAUGUUUGCACGAAGUCGUGUAUUAAAAUUAAUUAUUUAUUUCACCUCGCAAGUGUGGUUCUUAGGUCGUUUCAAUGAAAUGUUAUUUCGACAAUAUAAAACUAUAGAACAUCAACCAAUGAUAUUUUUUACCAAAGUCGAUGAUCCCUCAGUGCUUAACAAAGGUGUAUUAUACGUUCGAUCAAAUGAACUUACAGACUGGUUACAAAUUAUUCACCUAUACAAAACCGAAGAAGAAAUACCAAUAAAUUUAAUCGACAAUGUCAAAUUUAUUGAUAAACAGUAUCCGAAACUGUGCAUUGAUUUGGUUCUUAUUAAAGGAGAAUUUAAUCCGUUGACUAUUCAAAAAAUUAGCGAUGAAUUACAGGUACCUAAAAACUUUAUGUUUAUUACAUGUCCUGGUGGUGAGUUCCCACACAACUUUACCGAACUUGGUGGUCUUAGGCUGAUAACACAUUGA